AUGUCGUUCCUUCGCCCACAGAGCUCUCUAAGGCUCUGCAGGACAAUUCCACAGGCACCCCGCUCUUCACUACGAUGCCUAUCCACGACACCCGGCCGUCGUCUCGGCGAGCCAGACCCGAAAGCCGUCCCAGACGUUCAAGCUAUGCAAGCAACAGAGGACCAAGCGAGCAUGGUCGAGAUCGAUCAUAAUCCAGAACAGAGCGUGACCGAAUACCAUGCGGACCACCAACCAGAUUAUACCGCCACAGUUGACCAUGGAACCUCACUAUAUUCACCUGUGCCUAAGCGAGUUUUGAACGGAAGCGAACCGGGCGGUAUAACACCAGCUGCAGUGCUGUCUGGUGCACCCGUGGAUCUACAAGCCAGAACAGUCAGAAUCUACAAAUCCGCAAAACCCGCCACACAAUCCGGCUCAUGGGGCUCACACGCCUGGCGUAUGGACUGGGACGUUCUGGGCAGAGGACACAGAUGGGAGAAUCCACUGAUGGGCUGGCAAUCAUCGGCAGAUGCAAUGCAAGGCACGAAAGUUCAAUUUAAGACCAAGGAGGACGCGGUCGCGUUUGCUGAGAAACAAGGCUACGAGUACUACGUGCAAGAACCUCAGGAGCGUCGCUUUGUGCCCAAGGCUUAUGCGAACAUGUUUUUGCACGAGUCUGGGCCAUUGAAGCAUAUUAAGACGAAGUGA